AUGUCAUCAGCACAGACUAUGACAUCCAUCGGCAUCUUUCAAAGUCCUUUCCGUAACCCUACUAAUGAUCCUGAGGCUCUUGGUUCCUACACGAGCUGUGAAGGACCACCUGCCCGAGGUCAAACCUCGCCAGUGGCCAAGAUUCGGAAACAUAUCGCUUCGACAUUCGCUCCAAAACCUCCAACACAUACCACCGACUUUUUGAAACCGGAGCCUGACCUCGUUAGCCUGGACUGGGUAUCCGAAGAAAAACUACUCAGUGCAAGAGCACGCUCAGCACCACCAACAAGGCAGGACGGCUCAGACAUGCGUGCUGCUCCCAGUAGUCUCGAUUCUGUAAGCGCUUCGGAAACAAUGAAUGUGAAGAAUCCUACGGCAGAAGACAUACGCAAGCAACCCAAGUCAAGCCGCAAACUGCGCCAUUUCUCAAGUCGCGCCACUAUUGCCGAUGCCGGCCGGGCUGUCUUCGGAAGUCAAGUAUCAGAAGCUAGUAUGGGUAUUCGACCUUCGACUCCGACUCAAACUCGACCCACCACUGCUGGAGGCGAUGGUGGAUCUUUUCCCACAGGCGAUGGCCAGCCUGGGACGAAGGGCUGUCACUGUCCUUGCAAGUGCGUCAAGAGCGGCUAUGACAACACCAAGCUUUGCAAGUGCGCAUGCUCCUGUAAGAACCGUCAGUGCAAAAGCAGAAAGCUACCAAACAAGAUACUAAGGAUAUUCGAGGGCCAUGGAUUCUGCAGGCAGCGCGGUCGUUGUGGCUACGCAAAGAAGGGAGAGGAGCGUCGCGACGAUGAGCAGGACUAG